GGAAGAAACGGAACUACCACCUCAGGACGUUUUCUAUAGUCAGUUGAGUGAGUCUAAUAUUGAUGACGACGACUAUAGACAUGCCACGGAGGUGUGGAACCGUUUCGACUGCUCAACCCUCGGUGAGUACAGCGACCUAUAUCUUAAGAUCGACGUGUUGUUGUUGGCUGAUGUGUUUGAGAACUUCCGCGACAUCUGUAUUUCAACAUACAAUUUGGACCCGGCGCACUAUUACACCGCGCCUGGUUUUAGCUUCGAUUGUAUGUUGAAAUACACCAGGAUGAAGCUGGAGCUCUUGAACGACUACGACAUGCUACUGAUGGUGGAACAGGGCAUUCGUGGUGGGCUAGUGCAGGCCGUCAAGCACUAUGCAAAGGCCAACAAUUCUAAGACACCCGAUUACGAUCCGUCAAAACCAGAAUCAUGGAUCGUGUACCAAGACUGCAAUAACCUUUACGGGUGGGCUAUGAGUCAGCCCAUGCCGUACGGUGGCUUCCGGUGGUAUAAAGGAGCAGACCCUCUGGCUGACCUCCAAUCGUUGUCGGACACUGGUAAUACGGGGCGUAUAUAUGAAGUGGACGUAUCGUAUCCACAAGAGCUGCAUGACGAGCACAACGACUUGCCGUUCUUGCCUGUCAACGAUGUACCGCCGGGUUCCAAAGAGACCAAACUCAUGGCCACUUUGAAACCCAAACAGCGGUACGUCGUACAUUACGUUAAUCUUAAACAGGCGAUCGCACACGGACUGCAAGUCGAUAAAGUGCACCGCGUUUUAGAGUUUCAACAAAGUGCUUGGUUGAAACCAUACAUUGAGUUGAACACUGAAAUGCGGAAAAAGGCGGCAAAUGCUUUUGAAAUUGCAUUUUUCAAACUAAUGAACAAUGCCGUCUUUGGGAAAACAAUGGAGAACAUGCGGAAACGCAUCCGUAUUGAGCUAAUCUCCAGUCCCGAACGUCUAAGCAAGCUCGUAAACCAACCAACCUUCAACGACUGUAUCAAAUACGGUGAAAGGUUGUGCGCCGUCAUAAUGGACACAAAGAUGGUCAAGUUUAUCAAACCAAUAUACGUCGGUUUAGCAGUGCUUGACAUUAGCAAGACGCUAAUGUACAAGUACUUCUACGACGUAUUGAAACCACAUUAUGGCAGUGCAAUCGAAUUGGUUUACAUGGAUACUGGUGAGUACAACCGUACAGUAGAAAUAUUUUUUAUAUUUAUAUAUUUUUAAUUUUUCUCAGACUCCUUCAUAUACCUGCUCAGAGUAGGCGACUUCUACCAGGAUUUAGCUGGUAGCCCCGAUUUACUGGUGCACGUGGACGCAUCUAGCCUGCCCAAGGAUCACCCUUGCUACUCCACCGAUAGAAAGAA